AUGGCCAACGUUACAGGAAUCAACCUUUGCCCUGCUCCAUUCAUCGAUUCGACGCUUUUUGGUAGUGGAGGGUAUUGGGUUUACCCAGACAGCUUCAGUACAAUCGGCACCGUGGCCAACUGGAUCGCAACCGUCAGUGUCAUCUGCUGCGUGUUCCUGUUGGUAUCAUGGGCAACGCUGCCGGUGGAAAAGACGAACCGUCACUACUUGAGCAUCUGCUUUACCCUUGGUGUCUUGAUCAUGAAUUUGGGAUUCGUCAUUCCGCUAGCGGCCGAGCCGGAUCAGUGCUUUGAUGCCAUCACUCCAAACGACAUGCACACUUUGAGCGUUUGUGGAGCGUCGGGUGCCAUGCUGAUCCUAGGAGGCUGGUGCGCCGUGAUGUGGGCGUUCCUUCGUUCCCUCUCCCUUCACCUUCAGAUCUGCUGGCAGGUUCUCGUGGGCCGCAACUUUAUGAUUUUCGCCCAAGCUGCCGGAUGGGGCAUCCCUGCCAUCGGUAUCAUCCUCGCUCUGGUUUUCAGCGGAGUUUCCUUCCGGUUCGGCGCAACGUGUCACAUCAACCACAAGAAUAGCUUGGCAGAUCUUUGGAUUCCGCUUCUCAUCUUUGCCAGCAUCACCGUCGUGACGACAUUCACCACCUUUGGCUACUGCAUCAAGGUCUAUCUCGCCUCUUUGAACGACAACGCCGCGUCGACCGAAGGAUCCAGCCUCCCGACUUACUCAAACAGUGUAAUCACCAUGUCCCCACGACAGGCUUACCGCCGAGUCCGCCGAGUUAUUGCUCUUCAAUGGCGAGGCAUUGCCAUUGUCCUCAUCAUCAUUGCCGAUGUCAUCUUCUUCUCCGUCGUCUUCGUCUUCCAGGAUAACAUUGUUCAAUCCAUCGCCGACGACCCCAAGGUGGCUCAGAAGUGGAUCGUCUGCCUCAUCGGAGCGCAGGGCGACAAGACAAAGUGUCUCAACGAUGCCGGCUCCCUAGUCGUCAGCGAAGCGACAGUAUCUGCCGUGCUUGUCCUGCUUUCUCUGAACGGCAUCUGGAUCCUGUUCCUCCUUGGUCGAUGGACCAUGUUUACCGGCUGGGUUGAUUUGGUAAAGUCUCCUUUCAAUAACAGAAAGAAGGAAUUCGUAUCGGUGGAUGCCCGAUAUGAUAAUCAGAAAGAUACACGUUCGUACGAGAUGCUCUCCAGAGAUACGAGCGCCGUGGUAACACCACUUGAUCCAGUGAAAUCCGCAGCGGGCACUCAAGCCCCCGAUUACUUUGGCGAAACGGCCAGAUACAACGCACCGGCGCGAUCCUACUCGAACCCCCGGCCGCCACAGGGCUCCCGGCCUGAAUGGAAUGCGCAGCAAACCUAUGCCGCCCCGCAAGGCCGCGAUAUGAACCCGCUGGCGAUGAACCGCAUAUAA